GUUGCCGUCGCCAGCAGGAGCCGGAUAUCCGCCACGUCCGGAAAAAUCCCAUAUUUGGGCAUUCCUAGCGGGAGCAAUGGCAGCUUACAUUGAAAGUGAACGGCUAGCUUGGUGUUGAUUGUGUAGCGUAAAUGAUCGAUUUUUAGACAUUUUCAACCUAUGAUCGAGACGGAAGAGCGCUGGAUUGGAACGUAAAUAUUUUUGAAAAUGCCAAGAACCAAGUUCUAGUCACCGAACCGUUAAACCGCUAACUUACCAAACCGAAACCAAUUAGCACGGCUUUAGCAUCCUCGACACCGUUCGUGAAUUCUCUCGCUAAAAUCCCCGACUCUCACCCGGUAUCCACCGCUAUCCAUGCCCGAGCAAGGCCCGAGGAUGAACAGCUUCUCCCUCGGCGAGUUGUGCUGGCUCUUCUGCUGCCCGCCGUGUCCGAGUCGCAUCGCGGCCAAACUGGCGUUUCUUCCGCCCGAGCCCACGUACUCCAUCCAUACGGACACGAGCGGCGCGACCAGCCUGCACCUCACCGAGCGCGCCGACUGGCAGUACUCACAGCGCGAGCUCGACGCCGUGGAGGUGCUGGUGACCCGAACCAGCCGCGGGAACCGGCUCGGCUGCAUGUUCGUCCGCUGCGCGCCUGCUAGCCGCUACACACUGCUGUUCUCCCACGGGAACGCCGUGGAUCUGGGCCAGAUGUGCAGCUUCUACAUCGGCCUCGGCUCCAGGAUCAACUGUAACGUGUUCUCCUAUGAUUACUCGGGUUACGGGGUCAGUACCGGGAAACCGUCCGAGAAGAACCUGUACGCUGAUAUCGAAGCGGCCUGGCAGGUGCUGAGGAACAAGUAUGGAGUGACUCCGGAAAACAUCAUCCUGUACGGGCAGAGCAUAGGGACGGUGCCGACGGUGGACCUGGCAUCCCGAUACGAGUGCGCAGCAGUGAUCCUCCACUCUCCCCUCAUGUCCGGCUUGCGUGUGGCUUUUCCCGACACCCGCAAAACCUACUGUUUUGAUGCCUUCCCGAGCAUUGACAAGGUGUCAAAGGUGGCGUCUCCAGUGCUGGUCAUCCACGGCACAGAAGACGAAGUGAUCGAUUUCUCCCACGGCUUGGCCAUGUAUGAGCGAUGCCCACGCGCCGUGGAGCCUCUGUGGGUGGAGGGUGCUGGGCACAACGACAUCGAGCUUUACGCUCAGUACCUCGAGAGACUCAAACAGUUCAUCACGUUUGAGCUGGCUACCUCCUGAAGAUUGGCGUGGCUCGCAGCAGGCCGAGGCGCACACACACUCACUCGUGUUGUGUAGGGUUCCCCUUUCACCCAGGGCUGAGGACGCCAUCAGUACUUGCACUUGCUGACGAAAAAAGCUGAAGUCUCUCUCUUGAUAUUUAGGAGCAGGGUGUUUUCAUCCUUACUGGGGGAAAUGUGUUUUAAUGAUUUCGAACCACUUUCUAUUCUUUUAUACUUGAUGAAGAAACUUUGACAUUUUGCACCACAUUCAAUGUUGUGUUUGAUGAUUUGAUUUUUCCUGUUUUUUUUUUUGUUUUUUUUUAAAUGCUACAAGGGUUAAUUAAACUGCACUUUUAUUGUGCAGAUAUUUUCAGGUUAUAUAUAUAUUUUUUGGGAGGUAAUUAUGUCAUGGCAUUCUGUUUUAUUAUGUUUCAAGUAGAUUAGUACAAGAGAAACCAGUAACUGACUUUUUACAUGGCCAGUGUGUGUGUGUGUGUGUGUUUAGGAGUGUUCAUACGCACAUGUGUUUGUGUGGUAAAGGGGGCUGUCCGGUCUAAAUAAUUGUAACUUGGGCUAAUUAAUACUGGAAGACCUGUGGAAGUGACUUGUACCGUUAAUAAUGAGACGAACUAUGAAUACAGUGAGGAAGAUAGCCGUAUCGUCUUUUUUCAGUGGUGAAACACGGUGCUUUGUCGCAACACAACAUUCAGGGCAUUAAGUCGCAAACACUACAUCGUUCAAAUCAUGGGUUAUAUAAAAAAUGUGAAAUUUCAAGCUUUCUCCGUUGCUUUUAGCAUCGACCUUACAAUAAGCCUUAUGUUUUUUGAUCUUUUGCUCCGACAUUCCUGUCAUUGAUUUCUCGGAAAUGGGAUUUUGAAGAUUUUCUCCGGACUCCCGCUCGCUGCUACUCUAAUGGGAAAAUCACUGUGAAAACUGAACCUUUGCUAGAUAUAAAUAAGGUACCGCACCUCCUCACCGCUUUGACGUUCAUUCGGUUUUCCAAACAUCGGACAAAUCACAAAACCCAGGAAAAUUAUUCAUUCAAUGUUUUUUUUUUUCAUAUGGAAAAUGAAGGCCUUUGUUUGUAGACAUUUCACCAUAGCAUUACACAACAGGAUGACCAGAAGUGUUUUCCGCGCUAAUGAAGGACGUUGAUUGUUACCAAACGGGUGCGAUCAUCUGAUUGUGUUUUUAACGCAUGGCAGAAGUUGUUGUUGUUGGUAAACUUGACUGUAAGGUUAUGCAGUGGCGGUUCAUGCAUGACGAUGUUCGGAGAUGAAGCUCCUUGACCUUAUGGGACUUGACUCUUUUUAAGGAAUGGCAGAAACUGACCACAUCUGAGCCUGUCAUUGCUUUUGAUACUGACAUUUUUACAAUGUUUUUUCAGUAAUGAUUAAUAUUAACACCUCUUUUAAUGCUGGUUUGUAAGAUAACCGUAUUGUACAUCCCCUCUAUCUCUCUUUCUCUCUUUCUCUAUAUAGGUCUGUAAAAUAUGAAGUAAAUGGUAUUUAGCUUUGAUUUUUAUUGACACUGGAAUCACCGUAUGCAAAUAUGAUGCAGAGAAAACCCUUAUUGGUACAAAAUCUUUUGUGUGUAGGUUACUUUUUUUAAAUAUAUUUAAAGCCUUAAAUGUGCCGUAAGAACAUUAUUGUUCUUUCUGUUGGUUGUUGCUUCAUUGCAACAGUGGUUAUUGUAUUGCAUAUAAAGGAAUAAAGGAAGCAUGGAAACCCAAA